CUCGCUCCGCUGCUAGCACCGUUAGCACUAGCAGGUUAGCCUCCAGCAGCUGUCGGUGGCAGUCAGUCAGCCCGUCAGUCCGAGUGCUGCUGCAUUUGUAAUCAUCAUCCUCCUCCUUCCCUCCCGUAGAAAAACCGUGGACGGCCGGGUUGUUUCUUCGGGAGCCAGCUGCCUCACCUCUUCGGGCUACCCGCGGUAAAAUAUUGUUGUCCUCGCCGUCACGACAGGAAGAAGCCCUGGGACAUGGCCAGACCAGAACAAGUGCUGGUGCUAGAGCCACAACACGAACUGAAAUUCAGAGGCCCGUUUACAGAUGUCGUCACUGCCACUCUGAAGCUCACCAACCCCACAGAUAGAAAUGUGUGUUUCAAAGUCAAGACAACUGCGCCUCGCAGAUACUGUGUGCGCCCGAACAGUGGCAUCAUUGACGCUGGAAACUCCGUCAAUGUUUCUGUUAUGCUACAGCCUUUUGACUACGACCCCAAUGAAAAAAGUAAACACAAAUUCAUGGUGCAGUCCAUGCUGGCUCCGUACGACAUGACUGACAUGGAAGGAGUUUGGAAGGAGGCAAAGCCUGAAGAGCUGAUGGAUUCAAAGUUGAGAUGUGCAUUUGAGAUGCCUCUAGAAAAUGACAAAACUCAUGAGAGUGAAAGCAAAACUGUGUCUUCCUCUGCCUCCUCUGUUAAGACUGAGCUCUCCGCUCUGCCCAAGUCGGCCAGCGCCUCACUGGAUGAUGGAGAGGUGAAGAAGAUCAUGGAGGAGUGCAAGCGGCUGCAGAUGGAGGUGCAGAGGCUACGGGAAGAAAACAAACAGAUCAGGGAGGACGACGGGCUGCGGAAGAGAAAGGUGACCUCAGUGGCCGCUUCUCACUCCUCUUCCAUGGCGACCUCGGCCAUGAGGGACGAAGGCCUAAGCAUCCGCAUCCUGGCGCUCUGCGUGCUCUUCUUUGUCAUUGGAGUCAUCAUUGGCAAGCUGGCCCUGUAGAGACACAGACAGACAGAGCACAGUGACGAACGGACGGAUGGCGUGCUCGGGGAGACACGUGUCAAUGACGGCAACGGGGAUGUCUUCUGGGUUUAUGUUGAUUUCUCUUUCUUUUUUUAACAUUUAAGGCAAUAUCAUUAUGGUUUGUCUGGAUGGAAAAUAAUUUAAUGUGUAAAAAGAAAACGAAAGAAGGCGAUCCCAAGUUAAACCAUGAGUGCGAGCGUUUUUGUCACAGGUCUUGCCUUUUUCUUUCUUUUUUUUUUGUGAAAUAAUCACCACCUCUGAUCUGUUCUUUCCGUCCAUCCCUCCUUCCUAAAUGAUCUUCCGCAACUUGCACAGAUAUCAGUUAGUGGUGUGUGGAAGUGGCUUCAUGCUGGCUGAAUGUCUAAAGUCUUUCAUUUAUUCUUUAUUGAUUCUCAAGUCUUCAAGUUCCUCACUCACGUUGUCUAUAAGAAAGCUCUAACACUCUGAUAAAUCUCUCUUCCACUUAUCACUGAAAAUCUGCUCAGAGAGGUGCACACAAGUGUUCAGUGAAUACUUUUUUUUUUUCCUGACUUAAACUCUAUGUUUUGUCUUCUAAACAUCGCCUGUAGAAGCCGUGUGUGUGUUUGUCUUCUUGAUUUUGCCUCUCCUGCAAGAGUGCUGAUGUGACUGCGUGUGGAUGUUUUAAUGUGAGGAGACCACAAACGGUGAAAUCACAGGCUGUUUUAGAACGAAGGAAGAGGGGUGGGUUUGAAAACAAAACUGUCAUCUGAACAGAUUUCCUGUACGCAACAGAAAACCGGGGGUGGUUGUUAAAAAGUUAAGACAAAAAACUUUUGAUCAGUUAAGUCGCUGACCAGAACAAGGAAUCAGUAGAAAUUCAUUAAAACAAAUAUUUAGGGUUACUUGUUAAAUUAUAACUCUGUAAAAUCAGGCUCAUAUUAAAGAAUCUAUGCUACACAGUGAUCUAGUUCAAACACAUAGUUGGAAUUGAGUUGAAUACAUCAGAUUUUCCCAGUUAACACUUGGAUUUUUUUCGACAAUUACUUCCUCAGGUUGAGAGAGAGGCACAAGAUGGAAAGGAGAAAAAAAAUCCCCCCCCCUUCAAGCAGAAUGAACUCAGACAUUUGCAAUAUAUAACACAGUAUGUAACAAUAGUUUUGGCCACCUUGUUUAAUUUUGCCCAUGGAGUACUGUAUUCGCGUCCUCUAGUGUAUUUCAGCAGAUGUUUGCUUUUUCCUUAUAUUACCAUGUAGCCACGAUGCUUCUGUUGUUUAUAAUAUUCAAAUGCACUAUAUUCAACUGUCCACUCUGCAGUCUGCAUGAAAUGACAUGGAUUUAUGAUUUUUAUUAUUAUUUGUUUGAGUGUUGAAGUUAUUUUAGCAAAACAAAAAAAAAAAAUCUGUCUUUUCAAAAGGGACCAUCUUGAGUCUGGUUUAUCAGUUUGCGUGUGUUUUUGUGUCCUUUCGAUUAUCUUUUUCUUUUUGUUUCCUGUUGGGCUCUGGUGGUUGUGAGAUAACUGAGACAACACAGCUGUAUUAUCUCGACUAUCACAUGACCAUCUAAGCAGGUUGUUUAAAAAAAAAAAAAAAGGAAAAAGAAUAAAUAUCUGUACUUUUCGUUGCCUGAGGGAGCUCGGGGAGCAGAGAAGUGGGAAUGUGGGCGGCUGGGAGGAGGACUGACCUGUGAAUACACACUACAUCAAAGAGGAAAAAAAAAAAAGGCAUCAGCGCUUCAGACCACACAUGCAAAGAUACAGUCACACAACAAUGUAAUCACACAGUAAUUGGAUACUCUUUUGUAUGUACAUAAAAAUAAAAAGACUUAAAAAGAUACUGGCAAAGUUAUUAACAUACUGUAGUAAAGGAAGAAAAUAAUUGAACAACCACCAUGGAUCAUGUAGCAUCAUAAUGAAUUAAAAUACAUAAACCCCCAA